UAUGCGCGCCGCGCGGGGCAGAGGUAUACGUACCUAUACCACCAAUGCCGUCGUAUGCGAUUUAUUCUUGGAUUUAUUCAUAGAAAUUAGAGAGUAUGUUGUGCGCUCAUAUUGAUGUGUUAUCUUCUGUUUCAGUUACGUGCCUUGACAUUGACAUUCCAAGUUCCAACGCUCAUUAGAUCAGUUGAAUGAUUCUUUAGUCGAAUGCCAGGCGAUUGACAAAUCAAAAUUGAAAUGGUCUUGAAUUUCAUACCUAUCUAGAAAUAAAGAGAUUUAUCAAUUCAUUCCCAUGUUGGUCUGAUUCAUUGGUUCAUUCAUAAACUCGUUUGGUCACCUUACCUUACCUUACCUUACACUAUCGGGAAUUUUGAAAGGCAACUCGCCUGUAGGUCCCGCUCUCGUCGAGCUCGUGACUGGUGGUCAUCUCUAGUCGUGAGUAGGAGUCAGGUACAUCAGAUUGGCCCAAUGCUUGUCAAGUCUGGAUUUGAAGGCAUUGAGGGAUGGGGCCUGGACAACUGGACAACUGCAGGGAGGGAGUUCCAGUCGUUGAGCGCUCGAAUAGUGAAUAGUUGUCUUCUGGCUCGUGACUUGGCAUGUGGUUUGUACAGCUUCCAGGGAUGGCCACGGUUGGACCUCAUGGACGCAGGCUUGACAAACUUGUCCGAGUCGAUAUCGAUCUUGUUAUGCAGCAGCUGGUACAUUCCAAUCAUGUCACCACGGCGUCUUCGGUGGAGCAGUGAAGGAAGCUUCAGGCAUUUCAGUCUCUCAGUAUAUGGUUUGCUCCUGAUGCUGGACACUAAUCGAGUAGCGCGCCGCUGGACUCGCUCCACAAGCUUGAUGUCUGCACGAUUGAACGGGCCCCAUAUGAGGUUACCGUAUUCAAGGUGGGGCCUGACAAAUGCCUUGAACAAAAUCGGCAGGGUGAUCUCGUCCAGAUUCGAGAAUGACCUCCGGAUCAGAGACAGAAUCUGUGAAGCCUUUGAUACAGCUGAGGAAGCCUGCCUCCUGAACUUCAGCUCGGGAUCGAUGAUGACACCCAGAUCUCUCUCAGCUGAGGUGGAGGCGAGGCAGACACCGUUCAUAGAGUAGGAGUGACCAGAGUUCUUGGCCCCGACGUUCAAGGAAGCACACUUGCUCUGGUUGAACGCAAGCUGCCACUUCUUGGACCAGGUGGUGAGAGCAUCAAUGUCGAGCUGGAGCAGGGAUGCAUCACUGGGAGUAUCAAUGCUGCAGUACAACUUCGUGUCAUCAGCAAAAAUCUUGAUGCAGGACCUCACCGCGUCGAGGAUGUCGUUAAUAUAUACAAGGAACAGAAGGGGCCCUAGUACAGAACCCUGUGGCACCCCGCUGGUGACAGGAGACCAGGUGGAUUGACAACCUUGCACGACGACUCGUUGUUGCCGAUUGGAUAGAAAUGACCUUAUCCACUCAAGGAGGUGUCCAGUCACACCGUAUGCUCUCAGUUUGACGAGUAGGCGUUCGUGAGGGACGGAAUCGAAAGCUUUUCUGAAGUCCAGAUAUAUGACGUCGACCGGGCUCCCGUCUUCAAUCGCACGGCUCCAGUCAUCCAAGACUUCCAGUAGCUGAGUCGUGCAGGAUCGGUGUGGGCGAAAACCAUGCUGGUGACGCGACAACAGUCCAUUCGAGGUGAGAUAUGCCAUCAAUUGGUCCCUUAUCAGCGACUCCAUGACCUUGCACGUCACUGCAGCUAAGCUAAUUGGACGAUAGUUCUCUGGUCGUCUUCUGUCUCCUUUUUUGAAGAUGGGCACAACUGUGGCAAGUGUCCAGUCGUGGGGAACACAUCCUUCAUCUAAUGACUUGCGGUAGAUGGAAGCGAGAGGAGCACUGAUGGAGUUGGCCGACUCAGACAGAAUUCUUGGGUGGAUGUCGUCGGGGCCAGGAGAGCUCGUGGUCUUCAGGGAUGCCAGCUUCUGUCGGACCAUUUCUGGAGAGAUGGACACAUCGCUGAUGUUGAGUGAGGUUUGCUGCCGGGCGAGUUCGGGAACUUCAUGUUCCUCAGUAGUGAAGACACUGGAGAAGUAGUCAUUCAAGAUGUCGGCUUUUGCUGAGUCGUCACUGACUGACCUGCCUUCGGGGUCGAGAAUAUCUCCGAUACCCGUCCUCACUUUCAGGCGUGAAUUCGUGUACUGCCAGAAGGCCUUUGGAUUGGUUUUGAUCUUGGCCGCCAGUUGGAGCUCAAAGUUUCUUCGCAAGCUUCUGGUCACAACAUGGAAAACCCACAUCCUGAACAAGAGGCUGAAGAUGUGUCUGCUGAUUUCUUGCUGAAAAGGCUGGAGGAGAUUCCUCUGGAGAAUGUGAAGCUUCUUGGCACUACUCUGCAGCGGUGUCGGUCGACGCUGGCCGGCCGGCCGGGCUCCGGCCGUCUGCUCGGCCCCGAGACGCUGUGUCCCUCGUGCAGCACGCCCUGGUUGUGCGGUCAGUACCGCGCCGAGCUGCGGCCGCGGCCCGUCGCCACCAAACCGCUCCGGAGACUGCUGAACAAGCGUCGGGAGGGCCGGCCCAUGGGUCUGCUGCAGACCAGGCUGCUGGACCGGUUCCUGGCGGCGCGGGACACGAUCGUGAUCGAGUGUAAACUCUGCGAGAAGGUCACAGAGGUACCAAUCGUGUCCCGCUCCGGUCGUCAGAAGUCGAACCCGCUCGGAACUCCCGCUGGCGUCUCCGUACCGACCACCCCAGCGGCCACUCCGGUCAAAACUCCUGGCGUUACUCCCGGCACAACCCCGGCAACCAGCGGACGGCGACGGAGCAAGGCACGCGACCGAAACGCGGGUCUGGUGAUACCAGAGUCUCUGAGGACCCCGAGUACGCCGGCUACUCCCUCCGCCCCCGCCGCCGCCGCCGCCGCCGCCUCCUCUGUGGCAGCUGGAGGGACGCCUGAGCUGGGACAGUCACCCGCCGUCCGAGCCCGACUUGGUCCCGGAGUGGGUGACUCGCCUGCCGCGGCCGGAGACGCGCCAGAAGUGGAGCCGGACGCUCCCAUCCCACUCAAGAAAACCAAGCGACCGCUGACUGCUACGGUCGGUUCGGGUGGUGCGGGGAAUGUGUCUGGUGGUGCAGCGCAGGCGACGAUCCCUCUGAAAAAGGGUCGCUCGGGGCCUGUCCCUGCUCGCCCCGAUCGCGCUUCAGGGAAGGGUAGGACUGGUAAGAGCGCGAUAUCUUCCCCGUCGACUCCGGCGGCGCCAGUGUCGUCCGCCGAGGCGAGGGAGAAGCAGAGACGGCUGCAGAAAAUUCUAGCGCAGGCCGACUGUCGUUCAUCAAACACAGGACUGAUGGCGUUUUUGUCGGAACUCUGACGGUGGAUGAGAUGGGAGAAGGUUGAGCGAUGUGUUGUGAUAAUAUAAUGUGGAUGAUCA